AUGUACCUGCUGAAAAAACGGCUUGAACUGAACCAUGCAGGGCGGAUAUGCAGUGUAGCCUUGCUGAGGAACACCCCUCACAGGGCAAUGAAAAUAAGAGUGAAGAAUUUUGCACACGCAAGAAGCAUAUACGAAUGCAGCACAUUGCAAGGUGAUGAGAAUCAUACAGAUACUUCUCAGGGUGUAAAUGUGAACAAAACAUUGGCAGCAAAGUUCCUCCCCCAUGGGAGAGAUGCCAGUAGUAAAUAUAAUGAGAAUUUACGUAGUAUGUUUUUUUCCAACAGCAUGGAUGACGUGAAAGACUAUUUCGAUAACAAUUUUAAUGAAAUGAAAAAUCAUGAAUAUGUGUAUUUGUUAUUUAAAAUGUAUGAAAUUAUUUUUUCUAAUUUUUACAAAACGUACCAAUCUUGUGACAUUCUAAGGUUGGACAAUCCGCAGUUCAGAUUUAUGACCCUUGACCAGUACGUAGAUGACUGGGUAGGGAGGUAUGGCCGUAGCAGUCGCAAGAGGGGCAUACCCACAGGAGGGGAGAACGAAAUUAUAUUUUACGAAAAUGAUGAACAGAAUGGCAUGUGUGAUAAAAUAUUGGACAGUGAGGGGAGUAGUCCACCCAGCUGUGUAAACCAUAAAAAAGGUAAAGAGCAUCCCACGUGGGACGAUUCUCAACCAUUGAAGGAGAUGAAGAGAGAAAUGCACCGGAUGGAAGAGCACACCAAUUUAGUAGAUACUUCCCACCUAGACGGACCUGCUAACCACACCGCAAGCAGUUAUUAUACUCCCCAGGUUGAUCUUAACACACUGAUGGAGAUACACCUUAACUACGUAAAAUAUAUAGAAAAAUUAAACAUCAAGGAGAGCACAUGGAAGGAUUAUGUGUCUUCCUUCAUGACAAAAAAGUACGAAGAGUUGUAUACAAAUGUGCUAAACGUAAUUUAUAAAAAGAUUUUUUUUUUUUCAUGCAAAGAUAUUAUUAACUACCUCUAUAUAACAAAACGGAUCAACCUCCUGUCCAUAAGGGAAGUCAGCAUGUUAGCGGAAAACGUCAUUUCGCAAAAUAUAAAGUACCUAGAUGAAGACGCCCUAGUGAAAGUAGCCUACAUAUAUUUAAACAACUCCAACAAGGAGAAAAACAUUCAUCAUAUAGGCAGAUACGGAAGCAAAAACUUCCUAGAAACGUACUUGAGCUUAAUUCAAAUGAAGGUAAAAUCAAUGAGUAAUGAAAAUUUUGUAAACAUUCUCGAAUACGUAAGUAGUAACAAUUACAAGCAUGUUCAGAUUUUUAGGGACUUAAAAACCGAAGUGUAUAAGAGGUAUAAUAAUCUGACGGAGGAACAGAUAGUGAAACUGUUCUUUUUGUACUCCCAAAAUAUGAAUGCGGCCGACGAUGUGUUAAUGCGUAAUUUUCUCAAGUCCAUAGUUGAUAUGUUUUCGAAUGAGGGGGGCGAUUGUCAGAAUGGGCGCGAGGUGGAUAAGUUGGACAAGUUGCAUGAAGGAAGAGAUGAGGGGCACCCCGCCAUUGGCAUCCCUCUGUCUGUACUGCUGAACGGAAUAUGGACAAGUGCCAAGUAUUUUAAGGAUUACCCCUUUCUGCUGAUAAAGAGUGAAAAGGUAAUUUUGGAAAAUAUAAAAAAUUUUAGCGCCAGCACUGUUAGCAUGCUCAUUUGGGCCUACAGCACAGUCGAAGGGAAGAAUCCCCAAGUGCGGUUCAGCAAUGAGUUAUAUUUCGAGUUGAAGGAGAGAGCCCUGGAGUUGCAUCAGGGUAUGACUCCAAAGCAGCUAUCUAACAGUUUGCUUGGGUUAGCAAUCACCGUUGGGCGGACCGUAAGUUGGGAUGGGAAGGUGGACACGGAAAUGCAUGAAGCGGUUGAGCGGCACCUGUUGCGUAUGGGGGGGGCUGAAAAAGGGGUUACCAACAUGGGGAGUCAGCCAAGAGGUCGUAUCGCAGAAAGGAGUUUUCUAAACCUGUUCACAUCAGGAGAUUUGUCAAACUUGUGUUAUGCCUACUCGCUUGUUCGGAGCGGCAGUAGAGAACUGCACAGUCUGAUCCAGUCGGUUAUACUGAAGAAGCAGAGUGAUUUGUCCCCCCAGGAGAUUGCAAAAAUAGCGUAUGCCUAUGGGAAUAUGUACUUCUACUCAUCGUACACCCUGCUGAGUUCAUUACAGUAUGAAAUAUUGCAACGGAUGCACCAGUUUUCUCACCACGAAAUAUGUGACAUUCUAUGGUGUUAUUGUGUGAACAGAUUUUUAGACGCCAAUUUUUGGAAGUGUAUGUUGCGUGCAAUUGAUGUGGAAAAGUUGGGAGACUCUCGUUGCUGUUUGUUGUAUUCCUGUUUGUCUUAUGUCAAUCUGAUCGAUCCAUCCAUCCUAGAUUCGUACAACACGUUGCGGGUUUUUCACUUGGUUGGUGAGAACUACUGGCGAUAUCAAAUUGCGGAGUAUCUGCACAGUUUCGCGGACGACGUGGUAGAUACAAUGUGCAAGAAGAACACUUCAUUGUUGGGGGGGAAUGAUGGAAAGAAGGGAGAGAAGCAAGGGAAACAGAUCGACGCAAAUACAUGUGGUAACAAACGGGAUCACUCCUUCGAAUGUGUGAAGAAGGCAUAUGAUUAUGAAGGUUUUCUAAUUGACAUCUACUUCGAACACAUGAAUAGCAGAUAUGCCGUCUUUCUUUACAGCGCACUGAACACAAGUUCGGGUGGGUACCCCUUGGGGGAGAGCGUGCUGAAGGCUAGGUACUUGAGGAAGAAGAAUAUCAAGACGGUUCAUUUGCUUCACAGCAUAUGGAGCGAGUGCCGUGGGAAUCGAAUCGAUUUGAUCUACGCGCAGUUGUGA